GUUGCCGCCGGGGCCAAGGGAAGUUGGCGACGCGCGACCCGUCCCGGCUGCCCUCGCCGGCACUCGACGCGGCCGCUCCGCCCGCACCCCCCCUCCUCGCGACCCGGGCACCGGCACCGCCCCCGCGGGUCGGCGCAGGCGUCGCCGCGGAGCCGGCGGGACGGCAGGGUGGGCGUGGGGUGCGGGCGGCCGCGGCAGAGCGGAGCGGGAAGCUGCCCGGCCGCCGCCGCCUCUCAUGCCUUCACGGCAACAAAGAACGCGUUGAGCGGCGGGCGGAGGCGCCGGGCCCCUGGCUGUGCCCCGGCAGUGCCGGCGCGGAGGGCAACGGGAGACGAUGGCGAGGAAGGGCGAAGCCUCCACACAUCUCUACGGUGAACCAAGGAAAUUUGACCCGAAGUUCAGAGGACCUAUUCAUAACAGGCACUGCACAGACAUUAUUUGCUGUGUGAUCUUCAUUGUUGUCAUUCUGGGUUACAUUGCAUUAGGAGUUGUGGCUUGGGUGCACGGGGACCCCAGGAAAGUGAUUUAUCCAACUGACAGCUAUGGACAGUUCUGUGGUCAGAGAGAUACCCUCAAUGAGAACAAGACCAUUUUGUUUUACUUCAACAUUCUGAAAUGUGCCAGCCCCGUAGUGUUAAUAAACCUACAGUGCCCUACAACACAGCUUUGUGUCUCAAAGUGCCCAGACAGGUUUGCAACGUACAUUGAUGUUCAGGCUUCCUACAGAUAUAGACCAGAUCAGUGGAAUUACUUCAGGCAGUUCUGCAAACCUGGUUUUAACAAUCCUCGCAAGUCUGUUGCUCAAGUCCUACGUGAUGAAGAUUGUCCUUCGAUGAUCAUUCCAAGCAGGCCUUUUCUGAAGAGAUGCUUCCCAGAUUUCUCCACGAAGAAUGGUGUAUUGACCGUGGCAAAUCAGACUACAUUCAAAGAUGGAAGAGGGAAAACAAGAAAUGUAACUGAUCUCAGGGAAGCUGCAAAUGGCAUCAAUAAUGUCCUGGAUGCAAGAUCAGUUGGAAUGAAAAUUUUUGAAGACUAUGCCAUUUCUUGGUAUUGGAUUUUAAUUGGGCUGUUCAUUGCAAUGAUGCUGAGUCUGCUCUUCCUUGUGUUGUUGAGGUUCACAGCUGGGGUUCUCUUCUGGAUUUUCAUCUUUGGUGUGAUUGGUAUUAUAGGUUAUGGCAUCUGGCAUUGUUACUGGGAGUAUGAUCAUCUUAAAGGAAUACCUGGAUCUGACCUCACUGUUUAUGAUAUUGGAUUCCAGACAGACUUCAAAGUGUACCUGCAACUGAGGCAAACAUGGUUAGCCUUUAUGAUAAUACUUUGUGGUGUUGAGGUCAUUAUCAUACUGAUGCUGAUCUUCCUAAGAAAUAGGAUCCGGAUUGCUAUUGCACUGUUGAAGGAAGGUAGUAGGGCAAUUGGCUACAUAAUGUCUACACUGUUCUACCCAAUCAUCACCUUCUUACUCAUUGCAAUUUGUAUUUCCUACUGGGCUGUGACAGCUGUUUUUCUGGCCACAUCAGGAGAACCUGUGUAUAAAGUAAUGGCUAAUCAAACACUGUGCAAGUAUGCAAACCUGACUUGUAACCCGGAGACUUUUAACACAACCAAUGUGACUAAAUUGUGCCCAGGUGCUCAGUGUACUUUUGCUUUUUAUGGAGGAGAAGGCCUGUACCAUAAAUACAUCUUCAUCUUCCAGUUAGCCAAUGCCUUUGUCUUUCUCUGGCUGGUGAACUUUGCAAUUGCACUGGGUCAGUGUACCCUUGCUGGUGCCUUUGCCUCUUAUUACUGGGCCUAUAGAAAGCCAGCUGAUAUUCCGCUGUGGCCACUCUUCUCUUCAUUUGGACGAGCAAUACGAUACCAUACAGGUUCACUGGCAUUUGGAGCCUUAAUUCUUGCGAUUGUCCAACUUAUUAGAGUAAUACUGGAGUACCUGGAUCACAAACUGAAAGGUACUCAGAACUCCUUCACUAGAUUCCUACUCUGCUGCCUCAAGUGCUGUUUCUGGUGUUUGGAAAAAUUCUUAAAAUUUAUAAACAGAAAUGCCUACAUCAUGAUUGCCAUAUACGGUAAAAACUUCUGCACGUCAGCAAAGGAAGCAUUCUUUUUGCUCAUGCGGAAUGUGGUGAGGGUUGCAGUUCUGGACAAAGUUACAGACUUCCUUCUGUUUCUGGGGAAAAUCCUUGUUGCUGGUGGUGUGGGUGUUCUUGCAUUCUUUUUCUUCACACAGAGAAUACCAGUCUUUGCACAGGAAGUGCCAAUGCUAAAUUACUACUGGGUACCAUUGUUGACAGUCAUCAUUGGCUCCUACCUAGUUGCACACGGGUUCUUCAGCGUCUAUGCAAUGUGUGUCGACACACUUUUCCUCUGCUUUUGUGAAGACCUGGAAAGGAAUGAUGGAUCUACAGCAAAACCCUACUUCAUGUCAGCUAGCCUCCACCGAAUUCUAGGAAAGAAGAAGCUAAGCCCUAAGAAGGCAGUGGGAUAAUGAACACUAAACCUCAACAUCAAAAAGUGUCACUUUUAAGCAAGACAUGUAUAAAGUAGGCAAAAGUAAAAACUGUAAAUGAUGCUUCUGGUUAAUGGGUGAUUCUUUUCUCCUUUUGCAAAAAAAAAAAAAAAGAGCAACAUUGGUAACAUUUAACUAGUUUAAAUGCUUAAGCUAACAGCUGUGAAAACAAGGCCACAUUUUAGUUUAUAGAGUGCCUAUGAAAAGGAAAAUGUAAAUUUGAAACUUUUAUAAGUGUAUAAUGAUGUUUUAAUAACUUUUGUAAUACAAGUUGCUGCAUUAGAUGACAGCAGUUUUGAUAAUGUUUCUUCUUAUAAGUGUAUAUUUGUAAAAGAAUAUCAGGCAAUUUUCUGAAAGCACUAAGUAUAACCUAAUUAGCCAUAAAAAAAAGAUAGUUUGAGACUCUAGCUAACGAGAUGGUACUAAAUUUGUAAAUAUGGUGCUAUGAUUGUAUUUUUUUGUACAAGCUGGUUCACAGCUAUUUAAACUGUGAUUAUACGUGCAUUAAUGAUUCCCUACACUGAAAAAUGUAGUGAUAUUUUAAUCACAUCCACAACUGCAUCUUUUAAGACAUGAUGGUACCCUGCAGGUCCCAAAGAAGAUAGUCAGAAAAGACUUUAGUUGAUACUGCUUAACGUGAAGUUUUCUGGGAGUUGUGCUUAAAAGAUGAUAUAACUGAGAGAAGGUCCCACUGCAGCUGAAGUGAUUUGUGGUUCACACAAAUAAGGUUUCAUCUGGUACAAGAUGGUGAAUGUAUAAUUUUUAGCUGAUGUCUGAGAGAGAUGCACAUGUGUUAAUAUUCCCCUAUCAUUGACAAGUCUCUGAUUGCGUUCUGUUAUAAGGAAGUUGAACUUCACUGAAAGGAAACUAAAUGCACUCUUAUUUUUCAUUGAAAGAAAGUCUUUACCCUGUGUGUGUGCACAGGGAGUUCCAUUGCCUCUGCCUAGCUUAGAAGGGCUCCUACCAAGCCAUUGGAAUGACUGUGCAGGUGCAGAAGGUCAGGUCUGCGCUUCCUGCAUGUCCCUGUGCUCCCAGGGGCUCACACAGUAAGGUACUAGGACAUUGAACUCAAGUCUUCUCAUGGUACAGGAUGAAUUAUUCAACUACUGGGACUACUGAGAUGUUCUGAAAGAUUUAGUUUGCUUUUUGAUUGUUAAAUUGGCCCAGUUACUAGUACUAAAAGUCAUUAUUACACCUGUUGGUAGAAAGCACGUUAACAUUCAGUGUGUUUUAUGACCCUCCCAGUAGUGGAACUGUCACUGCCAUUAAGUAACAGCUCCGCUGUUGGAAAAGGUCUUAACACUGGAGAGUUUCUCAGGUCUGUUACUGCCAAGACUGAGCUAAAAGUAUUUUAAUUUAUUAGUCUCCUGGGGGAGCCAAGGUCCCAGCCAUACUGAGGCCUGCCCCUAGUUUUCAUGGAUUCCAGUGUACUGAAGAAAUUAUUCCAGUACUGUCCACUUUUCAGGAGUGGCAUGUGCCAUACAUUUGCCAGUUCUGUGACAGGAGUUCAGCACCUGGAAAUACGUUCCUAACCCUAGAAGUCCAUUGGUGUCACAAAAAGAAAUGCAAAUUCUUUUUCAGAUGAUUUGAAGGCAAGUUUCUGGGGAAAAUUUACUGACCAUCCACAGCCCAAUGGGAUUUUGCUCUCUAAUUUACAGCUCUGUUUGUGGUAACUGUGAUCACUGCAAAGGCAGUAACACUCUCCUUCAUGCCAUGGGUCUGGGGUCAUGUUGAUACACAAGUGACCACCAUCCAUAUGCUUGCAGUCAUAGGCGUGGUAAGAUCUUGAAAUUCAGUGUCCUGAGGUGCAGGUGGGAGUGUUCUUGUAAGCUUUCUCUGUGGUCCAAUAGGUGCUGGAGCCCUUUUCCUUGAAGCAAAAAUGGGGGGUUCAGUUUUGGACUCAAAUAAUGUAAAAAUAGAGGCAUAUGGUUUCAAAUGUUGCUACUGAUUAUAGGUACCUUUAGAUUUUGGUAACCCCUCCUGAGAUACUCUAGAGUAAACUUGACUUUCAGAAAGGACUGAGAGUCCCACCUUUUGGAAAAAAAGGACUCCUGAGGGAUGAAGUUUUUCUUCAUCUUCAUCAUCAUCAUCAUCAUCAUCAUCAUCAUCAUCAUCAUCAUCAUCAUCAUCAUCAUCAUCAUUCCUUUCUCAUUAUGUGCAUGGCAUGGAUUACACAACCCCCCAUGAUUCUAAUAUUUUCUGAGAAUUUAGUCAGUAACUUUUGGGGGUAUGUGUAACCAUUCUGUGAUUAAAGAAGCUGUUGGUCUCACUACAAUCCAUGUUGUAAACCAUUUUUUUGUUUUGUUUUCAAUACUACUGAUUAAUUUUCAGCUAAAGAAACUGCAUUACAUAAUCUAUAUUUCUACUGGACUUGAGUGUCUUACUGGGAGCUCAACUGAAAAAGCAUAUUUCUGAUUAUAGCUUGCUUUUUUAUCAUAUGAAUGUAACCACAAUGUUUACUAGGAAUAAAACAUUAUAGAAAUAGUAUACAGUUAUUUGAUUAGAAAAUUUUUGUAACAAACCUAUGCAUUUACUAAAGGAAUUUCUAAAAGUGAAAGUUUUAAAUUGUAUUAUUAUUUAUAUAUGAUAAUAUAUAUAUAUAUAUAUAUAUAAAUUUGCUCCUCUCACUAUUUUGUGAAAGUAUUUAGAAUGUACUGAUCAUCAUUUCUGAGGAGAAAAUUUGAAAGCCAUUUUCUUAUGAUAUAAUUACGAGAACUGUGAAAAUACAAAGCAAUACCAUGUAGAUUUUGUAAUAAAUAAUUCAGUAAGUAAGUAGUAAUUAUUUAAUAUU